AUGCGUCACACUCGUUUUUUUCAGAAGAGGCCAUGCAAUGCAUUUUACUCACUUCCUUCGGUUAUGGACGUAACCUCCUUUGUUGGUUUUGUUCGUUCUUGCACAAACAGGCUUGCAAAUUUCUGCGAAGAAGACUUUCUCGCGAGGAACAGUUCCGCCCGCUGCAAGUCUUUUGACUGCAACACUCGUGGCAAAGUUCGAGAAGACUUGGCUCCACUGCUUAACUUGCGGGAAAAGGAAGUUGAGCGCGCUGUCUGGGAAGAGUAUGGUCUCCGGAACGAACGCCUUGCCACGUGUAUUGUACCAUACCAGAUUGCUACGAACAUUAUACUGAAGAGACUUCCCGAUUAUGUGCGAAGGGAAUCGGCAAUGGAGCUGAAAAGAGAGGAGCUCCGAAUUUCCCGUGACGCCACUGGAUUUGGGAGCAAUCGAUUCAUUCAGUGGGUUGAAAAAGAUGUGUACGUCUCUACCGGUAUUGAUUAUCUCAAACGUUUGCAUCCACGUACGUUUACUCGAGUUCCGGUAAUCGCAGUUAUGGGUCACACCCAGCAUGGAAAAACUACCUUCCUUGAUACUUUACAAGAGACCAACUUACGCGGCGAAGAGUCUAGGGGAUCGACCCAGUGUCUAAGGGCCUUUACGGUUCCGUAUAUUGAGGGACGCCGCCCGACGGUUACUUUACUGGAUACACCGGGUGAGCGUACAUUUACUGAAACGCGUCUACACGCGCAAAAUGUUGCCGAUUUUAUCGCUUUAGUAGUAUCGGUGGUUGAUGGCGUUGGAAGCCAGACCUACGAAACCAUUAAGGUAGCGUUAAACGUUGAUAACCCUGUCGUUGUCGUGCUCAAUAAAAUGGAUUUAUUUUCGAACGCUCGGAAAGCUGCUGAAGCCGUGUCCAAGACCCUUAUCGAUCUUCGAGGGGCUGGUUUGAAUGUUACGCUAGUUCGAAGCCACAGGGACCUGGAGAGACUUCGCGCUGACCAAUCCGCGACCGAAGUAUUAACUGACGCGUGCGAUGGCGCUGCAAAUCUUCUUCAAUUAUUUGCUCCCAUGAAGACUAUUGACCAUACUUACCGAGGUAGUAGGAAAAAUCCCUGUGUUGACUUAAGCCGUAGCUGUGUUGGGGUGUGCGUUUCGGCCAAGGGCGACAGGAAUAUCGAUCUUUUUUGGUCUGUUGUGGAGCUUAUGACAUCCGCAUUUCCGCCAAAAUGUAUGAGCCGGGCGGCGGAUUAUACUUCGCAUUGCUGUUCAAUUCAAGGUGUUGUUUUAGAGUCGUCGAAACACCUCUUUGACGAGGAAGGGUUCAGAACAAAAAAGGGUGUUCAGGAUAUCGUAAAGAGGAAGGAUAUGACUUCCAGAAAACAGCAAUCUCGCUUUGAGCGGAACAGCGUGUCCGUACGUAUCAACUCUUCCGUCAAUGCUGUCCGUAAUAAAAUGAACAGUAAUAACCCUACCAGUUCAAAUUGCCUUGUGCUAACUGUUGUCGUCAGGGAGGGAUGCAUCACAAAGGGGAUGCCCUUUAUUGUCGAUCAGUCCAAGGGAUACGUGGACUAUAUGGUGGAUGCCUACGGCAAUUUUGUAGAUCGAGCGUUGCCAGGAACGGCAGUCACCCUCGUUGAUGCGCACAGUACCAGUGGUUGUCCGGGGGCGGGAACCCACGUCCUCUCAAUUCCGUCAGUAGGUGAGAGGGACCGUAUAUUCGGUUACCGACGCUUACUCCAAUGGUUUGUGGAAUGUUUCCCCAGCAAAUUACAUCUUCUUCGCCCCCGGGGAAUGGACGUAUCCUUUCCUCAUUUGGGUGAUUAUGGCCAACUGAAAGAUACCACUUCUUUGGAAUACCAACUGCUUUAUGGGCAUGCGCCGAAGACACAUUCACCGCAAUUAGAAGUAUCGGAAAAUGCAAAAGAGCACUUGCCAUCUGUUUCUCAUCUCGGCGUAAGGAGCAUCGCUGAAUAUAUGUUGGAAAAAAAUGCGGAGGGCGAGAGUGAUAAGGGUAGGUUGCCAUCACAGACGGCAUCCCAUGUUGGGGUCAUGAGCGUUGGUUCUAAGCUUCAUGUUGAGCGUAUGUGGUCGCAAUUACAGCUGGAGUCCCAACCCCAGUCUCAGGAAGCAUACGAUGAGUUCGUUAACAGUUGUAUUCAAGUGGGUGUUGUCUUUAAGGUUGAUUCGUGGCACAGCGCAAGAAUGCUUCAUCGGGAAGCCUCGAAGUUAGGUACUCGAAGGAUUGUAUUCCAAGUUGUGGGAAUGCGGUUUGGGGAACUGCUGGUUGAUGACGUUUUGUUUUUUGGCCGCGCAAUGAAGAUUGUGGUUUGUUACCGAACUCCUAUCGGUGCGUCUGCCGAACUUGAUCAGUACAUCGAGGCCAAUGACACAUGGGUAUUGCAAACGGAUGACGUAUCGGACAUCGUUUCCUUCCUCAAGUGGUGUGCGGUAGCACUUCACAAGGAGCAUGCAGCGGAUGAAUUCGGCAGUUUGGGGGGAGCAAGUGGUAGCAGCUACAUGCUGCUUUCAAAAGAUACCUCUAAGGGGGGGCGCAACACGAUUAACGGUGAAGGAAGGCGCCGUCGACAACUUCUACUAACACCUUCCACAUAA